AUGGCAUUGUCAUACGCAGAUGGAAAACGUCGAGUGCGAGUUUUGCAUGAGAAGUCCCGGGCCGGCUGUAUAACGUGUAAGCAGCGGAGAGUAAAAUGCGACGAGGCGCAACCAAUCUGCCAGAGGUGCAGCAAAGGAUCUCGAGAAUGUUCGUAUGCCACGCCUAGCGGCAAUCCGACUUUCCGUGGCUUUCGCCACAUCAUGUUCGUACAGAAGCAGCUACGCAGUCCGAUUGUGGUCAGCGAUGAAACCAAUCGUUCGGUCGAGUACUUCUGCCUCAAAGGUCUACCCAUCCUUCGGAGUUGUCAGCCUUCGCUUCUCUGGCAAUUCCUCGCCAAUCGGCUCCUGGAUGCACAACAACCAAGUAUACGAGGCAUUGCGGCGGCGUUGGGAGCCCAACAACGACUAGCAGAUCAGAAGAAGACAUCGGCAAGCCAAACUGAAAUCAUCAGUCAGCAGGCUUCUUCCAUGUACACGAAAGCCAUCAUCUGCCUGCAGCGGUCGAUCAAUGACGGAAGACACGGCCAAGAACCUCAUGUUCCACUCGCGUGCUUGUUGUUGGUCAUUCUGGAAUCCAUGCGAGGCUCUUCAACGAGCUUACUAGUCCAUCUUGAGUCCGGUUUCCGUAUCGCGGGAACAAUACAAGGCAAAUCAGCAGAGACGGUCGAGGUGGCUCGCAUCCUCCGUCAGUACGCAGUGGACGCUACAGUCUUUGACGCCCUAUCGCAUUCUGCUCAGUCUGUGCAGGCUCUGGUUGCUGGGUGCUCUCAGCCUGACUAUAGCUCCGAUCCACUUGCUCAGACUGUAGAGCUGGUCUUGCAUCUGACGCGUGCUAUAAUGUAUGCUCCAGAAUCGGCUUCUUUCGACAUCACGUACGAGCCCAUCCCCUCGACAGUUCUGUACGCUCUGAGGCCGCAACAACAGGCAAUCGAAAAGGCACUCAACGAGAAGCUGGCCUCGCCCGAGCCGAUGGGGGAAUGCAAAAUGGCUGCGUACGGAUUUGCCAAAGCGCAAUGUCUCAUGGCCAAAAUCUACAUUGAUCUUCUCUGGACUGGAAGGCAAGUCGACUUUGACAAUGCGAUUGGGCUUUUCCAAGAGGUGUGCGAUAUUCUGGAGACCUCGCUGCGACUCAUGGACUCACUCAUAGACGGAGGUACACCAACGAAUACUCGAGCGGCUUUUUCUGUUGGCGUGUCGGCCCAACCCGCUCUCAUGCUUUUGAUACAGCAGUGUCGCGACCGCCAUGUCCGACAACGGGCUAUGAAGCUCUUGGAUCAAUGCCCGCAAUACCACGGCGUGCGCGACACUGUCUUGGUCAAAGCAAUCUGCCACGCCAUCAUCACCUUCGAGGAGAAUGGCAUUGAAAGAGGCACAGACUUCAUCCCGGAAUCUCACCGAGUUCACCACUAUCGCCUGAUUGGAAGCGGAGACGAGCCGGGAGGCUUCCAGGCCGUGAAGCUAUUCUGCAGUAACCCUGGAGGCGAAGGUCUCAUCGCUUACGAUGUGCCGCUCGAUAUGAGCUGA